CCGGUGAGGGUGAUAAACUGCAGCAAACGCUCCGACAGAGGAAGUUAGUCGGCGCCUAGCUAGCCGGCUAAGUUGCUAAAAAAAGUAAACAAGUGUGUUGGAUGCGAUGAGAUACAGUCGCCGCUCAAAGUAGGGUUCACACCAUGAAGGAAGAUAAAGAAAACACUCGGCCGAAAGAGAGAAAAGUGGAAAUAAAGUGUGAAGAUGCAGAAAAGACGGAGAGGUCCAAGGAAAAGAGAGAGGCCAUGACAAAGAUUGUGAUCAGACGACUGCCACCAAGUCUCUCUAAGGAGGAGUUGGAGGAGCAGCUUCAGCCUCUCCCAGAGGUGGAUUACAUGGAGUUUUUCUCCAAUGACACCAGCCUUUACCCACACCUCUUCGCAAGGGCCUACAUCAACUUCAAGAACCAGGAGGACAUAGUGCUCUUCAGGGACCGAUUCGACGGAUAUGUUUUCAUUGACAGCAGAGGUCAGGAAUAUCCUGCCAUCGUGGAGUUUGCCCCUUUUCAAAAGACUGCAAAGAGGAGGAAUAAGAAAAGGGAUGCAAAAUGUGGAACCAUUAAUGAAGAUCUCGAUUACAAAAAGUUCCUUGAACAUUAUAAUGGAGAUGAUGAGAAGUUGACCUCCACGCCAGAGACCCUAUUGGAGGAGCUUGAAGCAAAAUCAAAGGAGCUCGUUGCUAAAAAAACCACUCCAUUGCUGGACUUCCUGAAGAACAAACAGAGAAUCAGAGAGGAAAAGAAGGAGGAGAGACGACGGCGGGAGCUUGAGCGCAAGCGUCUUCGAGAAGAGGAGCGGCGUAAGUGGCGGGAGGAGGAGAGGAGGAAGCGGAAAGAAGUAGAGAAGAUGAAAAGAUCAGACAAACCGCUGGAGAAAGACAAGGACCAAGUGAAAGAGGAACCAAAAAUUAAACUCUUGAAGAAGCCGGACCGAGGAGAGGAGCCUGAAUCUGAGAAGCCAAAAGAGAAGCUCAAGAAACUAGAGAAGCCACACAAAGAUGAUCGCCCUAGUGCUGAUCACAGGAGACGUCAUAACAUCGACAUCAAGGAGGAUCGAGUGAGAAACAGAGCCGACGAUGACGGGCGUAAGGAGUUCAGAGAGGGCGACAUCGAUCGGGACAGAGAGCGGGAGAGGGAACGUCGCCAGAACGAGAAGGCGGAACGGCGGCUGGAGGAGAACCGGAGGAGGAAGAGAGAGCGGCUGGACAGAGAAAACACCUACAAGAAGCGAGAGGAGAUCAGGAAGGAAAAGCCCUCAGAGAUAAAGAAGAGCGACAACGUGACGGAGUUCUCCCAGUCAGAGAGGCCCGAGAAGCCUCUGAGGGACAACAAGAAGGAGGACAGCGGGAAGAGAGAGCGGCUACGGAACAAGGACCGACCUGCCAUCCAGCUCUACCAGCCGGGGGCCAGGAGCCGCAACCGAGCCACCGGAGCCGGAGGAGGGGAAUCCAGCGACAGGAAGCCCGACACCGAGGCGAAGAAAACACCCGAGAAAGGAGACGACUGAGCCGGUUUCUCCGGAGGGGCGUUUUAAGUUUGGUGAGUUGAGGGUAGACAGGCCUGUGAGGCUCGGAGCGGCGGCGUGGCCCCCCGGGGCCCCGUGCGCUGCGGCUGGAGCAAGGACCGCACCCCGGUCUCUGUUCUCAGAAGCGGAGGUGUGACGGCGGAGCCUUUCAGUGCCUGGAUGCGAAGCUCUUUAGUUUCCCGUUGUUAGGAGAGCCGACAGUGACCUCUGGAGAGAGUCUGGCUGUGACACGCUAGGUGAGCGCAGAGCUUCCUCGGACCACGUGAACUCAAAGUGACCUUACUUCCAUGUCGUUUCGCUCACAGCUUCGCUAAGUCACACUCCUGAGCUUCUCCACAUUGCCAAGCUCCACACCUCAGUCUGCGCUCUGUCUUUACCAAGAUGUUUUCUGUAGUGUUGCCAUUUUCAGUUUGAAGUGUACAUGUUAAAACUUUUUUUUUUUUCUUUUU